GAUAUACAAUCAUUGUGGCAUAAACGGGAAGCGUCGACUUACGACACAAACUCUGGUAUCUCCUCUGCUCCUUUGUAGCGUCCCGACCACACCAGAAUCUUCUUGUCCAGCUGAGAGGGUCUGUAGCCUGGGAUCUUGAAGCCGAGACGAGGAGAUGCUGCGUGAGAGGAUUACAUUACAUUACGUCAAGAACAUGGAGAGAUGUGCUCAAGGUGAUGCGCACCAUCGAUGAUCGCAUCGUCCACGCCCUGAACACCACCGUGCCCACGGUCUCCUUCUCAGGCAAAGUGGACGCCACACAAACGUGCAAGCAACUCUACGAAUCAAUGAUGGAGGCCCAUCUUAGCAGAGACAAAGCCAUCAAGACGUGCAUCACCCAAGCGUCUGAGGUGGUGGGACAACUGCGAGAGGCCAGAACGAAGGACGCCGACAACUUGGCUCUCAUCAAGCAGCUCAGAAAAGAACAGACCAAAUUAAAGCUCAUGCAGUCUGAGCUGAAUGUUGAGGAAGUUGUCAACGAUAGAAGCCUGAAGGUUUUUAACGAAAGGUGUCGAAUCCACUACACGCCCCCCAAGGUGAAGUGACUGCGUCCCACGCAGAUCAAACACUAGACGGACCCUGAAACUGUGACCUGCCGCCGACAUCUUGGCUCCAGACUGCUCGGACCUCUCUUCCUCCUCCGUCUUGCUCAUGUCGCUGUGUGAUUUUUGUCCCGCAUCGCUAACACAGCCUUCCGUGUGCUUCUUUGAUGACAGAAGUAUGAUUUUUUUAAAGAAGAUAAUGAAAUGUUUUCAAAAAGAAUUCUGGUGUGUUUUUUCCAAUGCACAAUUAGUCAGUCAGGACUGGAAAUCCGAGAAUAAUACAAUGAAAAUAAACACAAAAUAAUGUAUUGCAUGUAGUGCACCACUUGAGGGCAGUCAGUGCUCAGCAAAGCCUUUUGCUGUCACUGCGCCCCUCCCACACCUCAAAACAACCAA